GUGCACAACAAAAAAAGUGUGAAAACCAAAGUAGCUUUUCCUGCUUCACAGCCUUUCACACACUCAUCGCCUUCUGGGGGGGCCUGUGCCCCCGCAGACAAACACACCAAUGUGGACGUCAGCCUCUGAGCCAGCAUGGAGCGAGAGGGGACGCUGGUCAGGUCCAUCUACUACGGCCGGAUUGGAAGCGAGGCCACAGAGCGGCUGCUGGAGACGUUCGGGCGUGAUGGCAGCUUUCUGCUGAGAGACAGCGAGACGGUGCGAGGGGCCUACUGCCUGUGUGUCAGGAAAGCACCAUAUGUUCACACCUACAGGUUAGUGCACUCCGCUGGACUCUGGUGUAUUCAGGCUUCGGGAGUCGCAUCGCAGAGAUUUGGAAGUGUGGAGGCACUGAUUGAGAACUACAGGAGGACUCGGGCUGCUGCGAUGCCAAGCCUCACUGAGCCACUGGACAAAACACAACUCCCAAACAGCACGGCGCAAGACUUCUCCUACAUGGAACUGAGCAGCAGCACCUCUGUUCAAUGACGCCGUGUCUGCAGAUCUACACGCAGCAAACACCAGGAGAUAAAACAUCCGGCACAUCAAGGACGUCUGACCUACUUUCUGUGGUGUUUUUAGCAUUCAUCUUAUUAUUACUGUUAGGUUUAAUGUAAACUGAAGGUCAUUAUAAAGUUUUCAGUGCUCUGUUUGUGUGGGUGUGAUGUAUUUGAUGUAAAAUAAUGCAGUGUUUUAAUCACAUGUUCUUUGUCUCUGCUUCAUCACUGGAGAAAUUUGCACAUGCAACAAGGAUACUGAUGUAAAUAAAAAGGCUUUGGACAAUGCUGAUGUAUGUUUUCCCUUUUAACUCUUGCAUAAUGGAAACUUCCCACAAAGUGUCGCAGUGACAGUGUUUUUUCAGGUCAUGAGGUGAAUAUUUCUGAAGGUAGAGGUUAGAAACAGGUCAGCGGUGUUCAUGGCUGAGCCUGAAGUCAGAAACUCACAGGAAACUAAAGCACCCGAUAUGAUGCUUUCUUUAACCAACGACAGAAUUUGGUCAAUAUUAGACUCAGGCAGUAGUUUUCAGCUGCUGACUUUGGUGUAAGUCUGCAAGAAAAACAUUAAACCCCAAAGUGCAUGCAAACAUGAUGUGUGCGUGUGUGUGUGCAGCCAUGCAUGCUUGUGCACGCCUUAUAUCAACUUAAGGAAGUAACCGUUAUUUUUGUGACCUGCUUCAUUUGUAUGGUUUAUCUGGGUUUGUGUUCUGCUCUGCAGCCGUGACGCCGAACGUCUGUGGUCAAUUUACUGACACAGAAAGCUGCAACACCUUGCAACAGCUAAAAACAAAAUGCCCUCAGAAAGAAGAAGUAAAUCUGUGAAACAUUGCCCGUCAUGCUUCACUUCCUAUCACGUUACAGUUAAUGCACGAACUUCAGUCUGUGGCGUUUUGAAACUGCGUGAUGCACAUUUCAGGAAGUUUCUGAAGAAUUAAUGUACCAACUUGGGGACUCUUUUGGUGGGUCAGCAAACUUGCAUGUGCAGGGGUUACAGCUCUCACCUAACGGAGGUGUGAGUCCAGUGUGGGAGUCGUUCUACACAGUUGACAUGUUUCUUUCCAGUGGCUGCAUGCGGGUAAUGCCCGGGUGUAGAAGUGUGCCUGCAAUGUGUUUCUGUAGUUUUUAUCUGUAAAUCUUAUUAAAAAAAAAAAACUUGCCUACAUUUUUACACUCAUUUAUCAAUCAGAUGACAUUUCUUUGAAGUUAAAGGAAAGGAAAAUACACCA